AUGAAAAAUUGUCAAGAUCAUAAGAAAUCGUUAGUAUUAUUAAAAAGUCAUCUAACUAAAAAUUUUCAAGCAGAAUUUAUAAAAAGAAAUGGUUUACUUUAUUUACAGAGUAUUAUAUCAGAAUCAACAAGUGGAAAUACAUCAUCAGUUGCAUUUGGUAUUUUAGAAACUUUAUCAACUUCACCAGAAUUUUCUUGGGAUUAUAUUUCACAAGAUGUUAUUGAUAGAGUUGUGGCUAAUUUUGGUUAUAUUAAUGUUAAUCCAUCAUUAAAAUUAGGUAUUAAAUUAGCAACACAUAGAAAAGGUUAUUUAAUGUUACAAAAUUCAAUUGAAAAAUCAGCAGGUGAAAAUAAUAUAUAUGUAAUUAUUGUUUCAAAUCUUGUUAGUAAAGAUAUAAAUACUCAAACAUCAACAUUAAAUUUAAUAAAUAAUAUGAUAUCAUUUUCGCCAUGUCCCAUAGAAUUUUUAAAAAAUUUAGAAACUUUUCAUUGUUCACAAACUUUAAAAUCCCAACUUGGUACAACAGAUACUGCAUUUCGAAAACAAAUUUAUUUAUUUCAAUGUCAUAAAAUUCAAGGUUUAAUUAUGGAUUCAAAAACAUCAUAUAAUAAAGAAGAGCUAUCACAUCAAAGAUUAUUAGAAUCGUUAUGGAAUAUAUUAUUUCCAAAUCAACCAUUUCAAAGAUCUCAUAAAAAUUGGGCAGAUUUAGGUUUUCAAAAUAAAGAUCCUUCUAGUGAUUUUAGGGGUAUGGGUUUAGCAGGUCUAAAACAUUUAAUUUAUUUAGCAAAUCAUCAUAAAGAUUAUUUCGAAAAUGCAAUCAAAAAAGCCAAUACUGAUAAUUAUUAUCCAUAUGCUACAAGCGGUAUUCAAGUUACUCAAUUUUUGGUGGAAUGUGUUAAACCAAUUAAUAUUUCAGCGUCACCCACCGAUGUUAUUGGUCAAAUUUAUCCAGUGUUAUUUGAAACCGAAGAUUCUUUAAAUGAAAUUUAUUGUGUAAUUAUGGAUGUAUUUUCUUCAGUUUGGAAAGAUUGGAAUGGAUCCUAUAUGUUGUUUCAAAAAGUUUUUCAAUUUGUUAGUGGUUUAGCAAGUGAGGUUUUACCUAAAGUAAAUACAGUAAUGGAUUUUAAAAAAAUGAUAGUUGAAAAAAUUAAUAAUAAAAAACAAGAAAGAAAAAAUGAAAAAAGAACUUCAUCAAGAAUUUCAAAACAAUAUAAUACAACAACUUCAUCAUCAAUAACAACAACAACAACAACAAUAAUACAAAAUACAUCAAAUUCAAUUUCACACUCAGUUUCAAGUGGUAGUGGUAGUUCAAAUAGUUUAAAUAAUGGUAUAAAUAACAUAAAUAAUAAUAACAAUUAUAGUUACAAUAAUAAUAAUAAUAAUAAUUUAUUAAAUCAAAAUCAUUCAAGUAAUUCAUUAUCAUAUAAUAAUAAUAAUUAUAAUAAUAAUAUUAUAAGUUGCUCACCAAGUAAUAGUUCAAUUUCUGGUAGUGGAAGCCUAAGUAUUACAAAUAGUCAAGAAGGUGGAUAUAAUAGCCAAUCUAUGAAUUCAAAAACAUUUAUUGAAGAUAUUGAUAUUGAUAGUUGUACAGCAUCCCCAGAUGGAAAUACACCACUUCAUACUGCAAUUUUAAAUAAUCACCCAUUAGAUUGGAUUACAACAGAGAUUAAUAUAAAUUUAUUUUUAAAUUCAACAAAUAAUCAUGGUUUAACCCCUUUAAAUCUUUCAUGUACAAUUUCACAUUUUAAUAUUAUAGAGUUUUUAUUACAUCAAGAUAUUGAUCCAUCAACCCCAUCAAAGAAAGGUGAAUAUCCAAUUCAUAACUUUUGUCUUAGGAAAUGGACCAAUGAAGAGUUUCAAACAGGUAUUACUUUAUUCACUUCAAAAGGCAUAGAUAUAAACCAAGGUACAACUAUUUGUCAAGAUACUUGUCUUCACUUGGCAGCCUAUUCUGGUUUGGAUCAAGCUUUAAAAAUUUUAUUAUCAAAUAAUGCAAAUCCAAAUAUUUAUAAUAAAAUAGGACAAACUCCAUUACACAUUGCAAUUUAUAAAAAGAAUAUAACGGCUAUUAAUUAUUUAAUUCAAUAUAAUGCUGAUCCAAAUUUAACAACUCAAAAUACAAAUGAAUCAUGUGAAGAUCUAUGUAGUGAUCCAGAAAUUUUAUUACUAUUAAAUCCAACAAAAUUAUCAAGAUCAACUUCUUCUUCAACUUCUUCUUCAAUAAUUUCAACAAAUACAACAACAGCUUUAAAACUACCAGAUGAAUUAAAUAAUAAUAAUUAUUAUAAUAAUGAUUUAAAUAGUAAUAAUAAUUUAAAUAAUAAUAAUAAUACUAACAAUAAUAACUCCUCAUCAUCCUCUUCAUCAUCCUCAUCAACAUCAACAUCUACAAUAAAUACAACUAUUAAAAAAAAUCCAAUACCAUUACCAAAAAGACCUACAAUACAAAUUAAUAAUAAUAAUAUUUCAAAUUCAAAUUCAAUAUCAAAUUCAUCAUCAUCGUCAUCAUCAUCAUUAAAUAAUAUAAACAAUAAUAAUAAUAAUAAUAAUAAUAAUAAUAAUUUAUCAUCACAAAAUGGUUAUAAUUAUAUUAAUAGUCCAUAUAAUUCUCAUAAAAACUCAACCUCAUCACCAAAUCAUAUAUCACCAUCUAGUUCACCAUCAGUUACAUCACCAAAUUUUCGAUCAACACCAUUAAAACAAACAAUGUCUAUUGGUGUAAUGUAUAGUCCAACACAAGAAACUCAUCCAAUUUCAACUCCAACUUCACCACCUUAUUUAUCAUCUGGAAAUUAUACUCGUGGUAAUAGUACAUUAUUUCAAAAUAUAAAUGGUUCCAUUACUUCAAUUGAAGGUACAAAUAGAAGCAAUUCAAUAAAUAAUAGUGGUAGUAAUAGUUAUUCGAGAUCAAAUACAAUAAUACCAACUCUAAAAGAUCAAAAGAAAGCAGAUUCAAUUUCAAAUAUGAGACGUUUAUUAAACGAAUGCUUAUGUACACUUGAUUUAUACUGUAAUACUCCCGAAAAACAUAAAGAAAAUGUAAAAAAAAUUAAUGAAGCUUUAAAAUCUUGUCAAAAUUCUUUAAAAGCUUUAAAAUAAUUUUAAAUUAUAAAAAUAGAAAAUAAAUAAAAUAAAAUAAUAUAUAUAU